AACUCGGAGCUCUUCACGCUGACGUACGGCGCGCUGGUCACCCAGCUCUGCAAGGACUAUGAGAACGACGAGGACGUCAACAAGCAGCUUGACAAAAUGGGUUACAACAUCGGCGUCCGGCUCAUUGAAGACUUCCUGGCCCGGUCCAACGUUGGAAGGUGCCACGACUUCCGUGAAACUGCAGAUGUUAUUGCAAAGAUAGCAUUUAAAAUGUACCUGGGCAUCACUCCGAGCAUCACCAACUGGAGUCCUGGAGGGGACGAGUUCUCCCUCAUCUUGGAAAAUAACCCCUUGGUGGACUUCGUGGAGCUCCCUGACAACCACUCGACUCUCAUCUAUUCCAACUUGUUGUGUGGAGUGCUGCGAGGUGCCCUGGAAAUGGUUCAGAUGGCUGUAGAUGUGAAGUUUGUCCAGGACACGCUGAAGGGCGACAGCGUCACCGAGAUACGGAUGAAGUUCAUCAGGAGGAUUGAAGACAAUCUCCCAGCUGGGGAGGAGUGAGCCACAGCCCAGCCUCCCUUCAGGACUGGAGGGGACCAGCUGGUCUGGGCCAUUAGCUUUCGUCACAGACCCGCAGGGGUCUAGUGCCCCUGUACAUUCAGACAGACUCACUGACUGUUUAGGAUAUUGUUUUAUUCUUCUACUCCUCCUUCCAUCUUCUGCAGAAGACAACUGUCCAGUUGCUGUUGAUUCCACAGGCUCAUUCUGAAGCUUUUUCAUAAGGUGAUGUCUUUUUCGUACUCCCCCGGGGACUCUUUCUAACUCAGUUUCUAAUUGUGACGUUUGGUUGUGCAAGAACUACUGCUCAGAUGCUGGGGGAGCUCCAGCCUGGCCCAGUUUGUAUCCAGGUUUUAUUGCCAGAAUCAGAGA